AUGCAGAGCAAUAAAACCUUUAACUUGGAGAAACAAAACCAUACUCCAAGGAAGCAUCACCACCAGCAGCACCACCAGCAGCAACAGCAGCAGCCGCCACCGCCACCAAUACCUGCAAAUGGGCAACAGGCCAGCAGCCAGAAUGAAGGCUUGACUAUCGACCUGAAGAAUUUUAGGAAACCAGGAGAGAAGACCUUCACCCAACGUAGCCGGCUCUUUGUGGGCAAUCUUCCUCCUGACAUCACUGAGGAGGAGAUGAGGAAACUAUUUGAGAAAUAUGGGAAGGCCGGCGAAGUCUUCAUUCAUAAGGAUAAGGGCUUUGGCUUUAUCCGCUUGGAAACACGAACCCUAGCGGAGAUUGCCAAAGUAGAACUGGACAACAUGCCACUCCGUGGAAAGCAGCUGCGUGUGCGCUUUGCCUGCCAUAGUGCAUCCCUUACAGUCCGAAACCUUCCUCAGUAUGUUUCCAAUGAACUGCUGGAGGAAGCCUUUUCGGUGUUUGGCCAGGUGGAAAGGGCUGUGGUCAUUGUGGAUGAUCGAGGAAGGCCCUCAGGAAAAGGCAUUGUUGAAUUCUCAGGGAAGCCAGCUGCUCGGAAAGCUCUGGACAGGUGCAGUGAAGGCUCCUUCCUGCUAACCACAUUUCCUCGGCCUGUGACUGUGGAGCCCAUGGACCAGUUGGAUGAUGAAGAGGGACUUCCAGAGAAGCUGGUUAUAAAGAACCAGCAAUUUCACAAGGAGCGAGAGUAGCCACCCAGAUUUGCACAGCCUGGCUCCUUUGAGUAUGAGUAUGCCAUGCGCUGGAAGGCACUCAUUGAGAUGGAGAAGCAGCAGCAGGACCAAGUGGACCGCAACAUCAAGGAGGCUCGUGAGAAGCUAGAGAUGGAGAUGGAGGCUGCUCGCCAUGAGCACCAGGUGAUGCUGAUGAGACAGGACUUGAUGAGGCGCCAGGAAGAACUUCGGAGGAUGGAGGAGCUGCACAACCAAGAAGUGCAAAAAUGAAAGCAGCUGGAGCUCAGGCAGGAGGAGGAGCGUAGGCGCCGUGAGGAAGAGAUGCGAUGGCAACAGGAAGAAAUGAUGCGGCGACAGCAGGAAGGAUUCAAGGGAACAUUCCCUGAUGCGAGAGAACAGGAGAUACGGAUGGGCCAGAUGGCUAUGGGAGGUGCUAUGGGAAUAAACAACAGAGGCGCCAUGCCCCCUGCUCCAGUGCCAGCUGGUACCCCAGCUCCUCCAGGACCUGACACUAUGAUGCCAGAUGGAACCUUGGGAUUGACCCCACCAACAACUGAACGCUUUGGCCAAGCUGCUACAAUGGAAGGAAUUGGGGCAAUUGGUGGAACCCCUCCUGCAUUCAACCGUGCAGCUCCUGGAGCUGAAUUUGCUCCAAACAAACGUCGCCGAUACUAAUAAAAAUUUCAAUGUCUAGUUUCUCAAAAA